UGAAGUUUCUCCUCCACACUGGUGCAACCCAGAGCAGGGCUCUCCCUCUGUCUCCUCCUCAACACUGCUAUUCUCAUCCUCAAGCUCAGCUGAAGCCAUGAACACUGGAAUCUGUGUGUGCAUGUUGCUGGCGGCACUCUCCAGCAGUGGGUGCCUUGCUCUCCCUACACACUCAUUCGUUGAGGGGCAGUCGGACAGUGGGGCAGUAGCUGCACGCACACGCCACACCCGAGCAGUACCCCGUAGUGGACAGCUCAAUCUGUUGUCUAAAACACAGGAAGAGGAGGUGGAGGAAGACCCUGCCCGGAGACUGAAUGAACUGCUGGUCAGACUCAUUUCCAGGAAAGGAUCAUAUCGCAGGAGUCCUAUAAACAGCAGGUCUCCUAGCCCCAACCACAGAAUAAAGGACAGAGACUACCUGGGCUGGAUGGAUUUUGGCCGGCGGAGUGCAGAAGAGUAUGAGUACUCUUCAUAAUAUCGCACCUACAAAGAAUUUUCUAUCUACCAGCCAAACAUCUGUACAGAGUGGUAUCUUUUAUUUAUUUUCUCACAUACUUGUGUAUAUAUGAUUUGUCAUCUCAUUAGAAAUAUAUUGAGUAUUCCAGAAUAAA